AUGAAGUGGCUUAAAGAUUAUCAAGAUCUUGAGGUGUCCUUAAUUGGUGAUUAUCAGCUUACAUCUGGAAGAACUCGGCAUAUCCAGAUGUUAUAUGAAUUCGGGAUCACAAGCACAUUUCUCCCAAACAUAACCAAUCCAAACAUAACUCCCAACUACAUCUCCCAAUCCUCAUCCUUAUCCUUCACCAUACCUCCAUCUCCUAAAACUCUCAAAGGCCUCAACAUAACUUUCAAAUAUACAAUCACCGAAGAAAAACACCUAUGGCCAAUAUUCGCUAAAAUCACCAACACAACCAAGGGUCUCGAUUUAAUCUACAACCCAAUGGUAUUUGGCAAACCUAAAUUCAAUGAAGUUGCAAUAUGGUUAAGCCAUUGGUCAAUGGGAAACCUAUUAGACAUUGGUGAUAAAGUCAACGUGUGUUUCAUUGUGGAAAAUGGAUUGGAAGUGCAUGAAUGUGGUGCAAAGCUUGUGUAUGCUAAUGAAGAUGAUGACAUGGAAAAUAACAUGGAAUGGGAAGAGAGUCUUUUGGGAGAUCUUUCUAGAUUUAAGCUAAGCACAGAAACGUAUUAUUUAUGUCGGCGUGAUUUUUUUAAGUCUAUGGAGGUUGAUGGGCCCACACCGAGUUGGUUUAGGGAUUCGGUUGGUUAUAAAAUUGAUUAUACAGAGAUACAAGGAUGGAGAAAAACCGGUAGGUCUCAGAAGCCAUAAGCAUGAUUUUCAUGUGUGGAAAAAUCGGUUGAUUUAUCCGUUGUCACAAAUUUGUAUGUUAUGUGUAAAUAUAUUGGGAAUUUUGAGUUUUAUUCUAGAGAUGAGAUUGAACACUCUCUGUCUCUUCUAUUGGAAACAGGAAGCUAUGAAGCUUUGAACUUGAACAAUCUUAGAUACAAUAGAGUUGACUUUGAUUGGAGUCAAACUAUUAAUUGGAAACAAAAAUUGCAAUGUGUAAGUUGAAAUUGAUCUUAGUUACAUAUUAACAUCAUCAAAGGAGAUGGGAGUGACACAAAUUCAAGUAAACUUGGGGAAUUUACAUUGGAACAUUAGCUUUGAC